UCCUGCGAGCCCUCGGGAAACCGGGGCCAUGGAGCCCCGUGGUUGCGCUGCUCUCUGGGUGCUGCUGCUGGCGCAGGUCUGUGAGCAGCAAACACCUGCGUGCGCUCUGGGACCCUCAGCUGCAGUAUCUGGGUGCCCGGGAGACCUGCAUCCUCCCCCAUCCUCGGAGUCGGACUGGCUAGAAGCCGGCGAGUAUGACCUGGUGUCUGCCUAUGAGGUGGACCACAGUGGGGAUUAUGUAUCCCAUGACAUCAUGCACCACCAGCGGCGGCGGCGGAGAGCUGUGGCCCAGCCAGGAGGAGAUACCCUGCACCUAAGGCUGAAGGGCCCCAGGCAUGACCUCCACCUAGACCUGAAAGCUGCCAGCAACUUGAUGGCUCCUGGAUUCAUGGUGCAAACUCUGGGGAAGGGAGGCACCAAGUCUGUACAGAUGUUUCCUCCAGAGGAGAACUGCUUUUAUCAAGGAUCCUUAAGGUCUCAGGGGAAUUCUUCAGUGGCUCUUUCUACCUGCCAAGGUUUGUUAGGCAUGAUAAGAACAAAAGACGCUGAUUAUUUCUUGAAGCCACUGCCUCCACACCUAACAAACAAACUGAACGGGUCUGCACAGGACAGCUCUCCCUCCCAUGUUCUGUACAAGAGAUCCACAGAGCACCAGGCUCCUAGAGAAAAUGAAGUCCUGAUGAUCACCCGGAAGCGAGACCUGGCAAGACGGCACCUUCGCCGUGAAAACUUCCACUUCCAUCUUGGCCUCUCACAAAAGCAGCAUUUCUGUGGAAGACGCAAGAAAUACAUGCCCCAGCCUCCCAACCAUGAUCUCUACAUCUUGCCUGAUGAGUACAAGCCCAGCUCCCGACACAAGCGCUCACUCCUAAAAUCCCACAGAAAUGAAGAGUUGAAUGUAGAGACACUGGUGGUGGUUGACAGAAAGAUGAUGCAAAGCCAUGGCCAUGAAAACAUUACGACCUACGUCCUCACCAUUCUCAACAUGGUAUCUGCCUUAUUCAAGGAUGGGACAAUUGGGGGAAACAUCAAUAUUGUCAUUGUGGGACUCAUUCUGCUGGAAGAUGAACAGCCAGGGCUGGCGAUUAGUCACCAUGCAGACCACACGUUAACCAGCUUCUGCCAGUGGCAAUCUGGAUUGAUGGGGAAAGAUGGAACUCGUCAUGACCACGCCAUCUUACUGACUGGUCUGGACAUAUGUUCCUGGAAGAAUGAACCCUGUGACACAUUGGGGUUCGCACCCAUAAGUGGGAUGUGCAGUAAGUACCGCAGCUGCACAAUCAAUGAAGACUCAGGACUUGGAUUGGCCUUCACCAUUGCCCAUGAGUCUGGACACAACUUUGGCAUGGUCCAUGAUGGAGAAGGGAAUAUGUGCAAGAAGUCUGAGGGCAACAUAAUGUCCCCAACACUGGCAGGACGCAAUGGUGUCUUCUCCUGGUCCUCCUGCAGCCGUCAGUACCUGCACAAGUUCUUAAGCACCGCCCAAGCGAUAUGUCUUGCUGAUCAGCCGAAGCCUGUGAAAGAGUACAAGUACCCUGAGAAGCUGCCGGGACAGUUAUAUGAUGCAAAUACACAGUGCAAGUGGCAGUUUGGAGAUAAAGCCAAGCUCUGCAUGCUGGACUUCAGAAAGGAUAUCUGUAAAGCCUUGUGGUGCCAUCGGAUUGGACGGAAAUGUGAGACUAAGUUCAUGCCAGCAGCAGAGGGUACAUUGUGUGGGCAGGACAUGUGGUGUCGUGGAGGACAGUGCGUGAAGUAUGGCGAUGAAGGCCCCAAGCCCACCCAUGGCCAUUGGUCAGAUUGGUCCCCUUGGUCCCCCUGCUCCCGAACCUGUGGGGGAGGAGUCUCUCACAGAGACCGUCUCUGUACCAAUCCCAGACCAUCUCAUGGAGGGAAGUUUUGCCAGGGCUCCACACGCACUCUGAAGCUUUGCAACAGUCAGAAAUGCCCCGUGGACAGUGUGGAUUUCCGUGCUGCCCAGUGUGCCGAGUACAACAGCAAGCGUUUCCGAGGGUGGCUUUACAAGUGGAAGCCUUACACCCAAGUGGAAGAUCAGGACUUAUGCAAACUCUACUGUAUCGCAGAAGGAUUUGAUUUCUUCUUUUCUUUGUCAAAUAAAGUGAAAGAUGGGACUCCAUGCUCGGAGGAUAGCCGUAAUGUUUGUAUAGAUGGGAUGUGUGAGAAGGUUGGCUGUGACAAUGUCCUUGGAUCAGAUGCAACUGAGGACUCCUGUGGGGUCUGCAAGGGGAAUAACUCAGACUGUGUCAUGCAUAGAGGACUCUACAGUAAGCACCACCCCACCAACCAGUACUACCACAUGGUAACCAUUCCCUCUGGUGCUCGGAGCAUUCACAUCUAUGAAACAAACAUCUCUACCUCCUAUAUUUCCGUGCGCAAUUCUCUCAAGAGAUAUUACCUGAAUGGACACUGGAGUGUGGACUGGCCUGGGCGAUACAAGUUUUCGGGUACCACUUUCAACUACAGACGCUCCUACAAGGAGCCUGAGAGUUUAACUUCCACUGGACCAACCAACGAAACGCUGAUUGUGGAGCUUUUGUUCCAAGGCAGAAACCCUGGUGUGGCCUGGGAAUUCUCAUUGCCAAGGUCUGGGGCUAAGAAGACGUCAGCUGCCCAGCCUAGCUACUCAUGGGCCAUCAUACGCUCUGAGUGCUCUGUCUCCUGUGGAGGGGGCAAGAUGAACACAAAGGCAGGAUGCUACAGAGACUUGAAGGUUCCAGUGAAUGCAUCCUUCUGCAAUCCCAAGACACGACCUGUCACAGGGCUGGUGCCCUGCAAGGUAUCAGCUUGUCCUCCCAGCUGGUCUGUGGGAAACUGGAGCACGUGUAGCCGGACAUGCGGCGGGGGCACCCAGAGCAGGCCCGUGCGGUGCACACGGAGGGCACACUACCGUGAUGAGUCCAUCCCAGCCAGCCUGUGUCCACAGCCCGCACCCCCCAUUCACCAAGCCUGCAACUCUCAAAGCUGCCCACCUGCUUGGAGCACGGGGCCCUGGGCAGAGUGCUCCCGGACCUGUGGGAAGGGGUGGAGGAAAAGAACAGUGGCCUGCAAGAGCACCAACCCCUCAGCUCGAGCACAGCUGCUGCACGAUGCUGCCUGCACUUCAGAACCCAAGCCUCGGACCCACGAGGUCUGCUUGCUCAAGCGCUGCCACAAGCACAAGAAGCUACAGUGGCUGGUAUCUGCCUGGUCCCAGUGCUCAGUGACAUGCCAGAGGGGGACACAACAGAGAGUUCUCAGGUGUGCUGAGAAGUACAUUUCUGGAAAGUACCGAGAGCUGGCCUCCAAGAAGUGCUUGCAUCUGCCAAAGCCUGACCUGGAACUGGAACGUACCUGCGGCCUGAUUCCCUGCCCCAAGCUCCCUCCAUAUGCUGCUGCAGGCCCUCCAAGAGGCAGCUGGUUUGCCUCACCCUGGUCUCAGUGCACAGCCAGCUGUGGGGGUGGUGUGCAGAGGAGGACCGUACAGUGCCUGCUGGGAGGACAGCCAGCCUCGGAUUGUUUCCUGCAGGAGAAACCUGAGACCUCCUCAGCGUGCAACACCCAUUUCUGCCCCAUUGCCGAGAAGAGAGACACCUUCUGCAAAGACCUCUUCCACUGGUGCUACCUGGUACCUCAUCACGGCAUGUGCAGCCACAGGUUCUACAGCAAGCAGUGUUGCAACACCUGCUCCAAGUCCAACCUGUGAGCUGGGACCAGACCUGGUAACAAGAAGAUGUCCCAUGGCAGAGAGAGGCCAGCCCUGAGAGCUGCGCAAUGUGCACUGGGAUGCAUCCAAAAAAGACAGGAGCUGGAAGAAGGACUGUGAGUCUUCUGAUCUAGAGUAGAUCCAUGUGUUUCUGAGUGUGGGAACACAUAGCUGCGCCCACAAAGACAUGUUCUGAUCCUCUCCUGUUGGGUGGGGAAGUGGGAUCCUGCGGGCUGGCCUCCUGCACGUGGAUGGGAGAGUCGGUGCUAUAGUGCACAGGUAGCAGCUUCCUCCCCUCCCCCAUGUUUGCAUCCAGCCAAAUCAAGUUCUAAAGACAGCCAGGCCCAAGCUAACAAAUACCGGCUGUAUUUCUUAAAAGAAAAAGACCAAGGAAUCAGGAAAAUAUUCACGUAUCUGCCACCUUGCAUACCUGCCUCCCUCCGACUUUGGAGACCCCAUUUUCACCAUGAAAGGUUUUGGACUUUGAGGGGGCAGGUAUGGGCUAACUCUUUCCUGUCCCAGUGGCUCCUGGAACAGGUACCCGCAAGUGGGGGGGGGGGGGCUCUGAUAUAGGGCUGUGUAUACUUGGAAAUGGAAAAACAACAUUCCUGCUAAGGUGCUUUCUGUACUUCCGGUCUCUGGGUGGGAGGAGCAACUUCGACACUUUGUCUUCUUUAGCUUUUUACAGUGAGUUUCCUGUCUCAACCCAUUUCUCAGUGUUCUGUUUUCAAUGAGGGAUCAGAAGCUCAGGUUACAUUAAAAUCUAUGUGUUCCUGGAAAGUAAGGGUCCCCUGUAACAGAAAUCAGUCAAGGGGCUAAUGGGCUGUUAGUGUUAAGCCUCAGGCAAUGGUUUGUAUGUUGAGUGGUUUUUAAAUACAUCCCAUAAGUUUGAUUGCUUCUGGACUGAGAGCAAAGGCCAAUGACCUUCAGAGGAAAGGCCCACGGCCACCUCCAACCUCCCUUCCCCUCUCCCUCAGUAUUGGUGCUUAUUUCUGGUCUCCACACCUAGGGCCUUUCCAGUAGAACCCAGAUAUUUAUAUUUGCUGAAGUUUUAUAAUAAAUUUUAUAUUGUAUGGUG